AUGGCUACCAACGAGAACACCCAGGCGACAGCCGAGCCCAAACUUGAGGUCUGUAACGUUGAGGAGAUACCAGCUGCCGAAGUCUUGGCUCCUGGCGUGCGACCAGACGAGGGGGCGAUUAAUUUGAUGCUCGUCUUGUCGUGUCUCGCGUUCGGUGCCUCAUCUUUCUUAUUCGGCUACGAUGAUAGGGUCAUCUCACCUGUUGCCGCAACACCAGCCUUUGUGCGGUUACUUCAAGGCCAUGCCAGUCCUGGUAGUGACAACCUUUCCUUGACAGCACGCAAUCAGGAUCUAGUCUUCUCUGUCCCUCUGGUUGGAUCAGUCAUUGGCGGCCUGGCCACGACGCCCUUGACCAAUCGCUUUGGCCGAAAGUGGACACUCAUUGGAUCCUACGUGUUUUCAUUGUUGGGAGCCUUCUUGCAAGUAUUCGCGCCAAACUUGGCCGCCUUCGCCAUCGGCCGUUUCUGUAGUGCCUUUGUCAUUGGAAUAGCGCACACCAUCGCACCGCUAUAUCUUUGCGAAGUUGUGCCUACAUCGAUGAGAGGCCGGAGCGUGCAGAUCUACAAUAUCCUCAACAUCUUUUCAGGCGUGAUUGCCACGAUUGUCUCAAACGCCACCCACGCCAUCGACGGACCGAAGGCUUAUCAAAUUCCCCUGUCAAUCGAAGCUGGCCUUCCUGUGCUGCUGUUCGUCCUGACUCUUGGUAUUCCUGAGAGCCCUCAAUGGCUCGUAUCCAAGGGCCGUAUGGAGGAGGCUAAGAGGAACCUACGACGCCUGCGCGGCUUUUCCGACGCUCAGUUAGAGGAUGAGUUUCGCGUCAUCGUUCUUUGCGAGGAAAACGAACGCGAGCUGUCAUCCAACGUGCAUUUCUGGGACUUAUUCAAUCGAGAAAACUUCAAGAGAACCAUCACCGCGGGGUCGUUUUAUUCGCUUAAUCAGGUCUCAGGCGUGAUCCUGUCGACGACGUAUACUACCGUCUUCCUCAGUCAGUUGGGCGUGGGUAACGCGUUUGUUCUUACGAUUAUAGCCUCCCUCUGUAACCUCGCCGGAGCUAUUGUUGCGCCCAUGGUUCUCGAUCUAUACGGACGUCGCCCGACCGCAUUGUGGGGGAUGGUGCUUCUCUUCUGCCUCGACGCCGUAGCUGGAGCAUUAGCUUUCUUCCCCGAUAACAGGAACGCUCUGUUGGCAAUCGCUGCGUUGGGAUUCAUCUUUAACUUUUUCUGGGCAUUAUCUUUCCUCUCUGUCUCAGUGCUGCUCCCGCCUGAGAUCUCAACGCCGAAGCUGCGGUCUUACACCAUGGCGUAUACCGUGGCAUGCUGCCAGAUCACAGCUGUCAUCACGACUUUUGCCGUGCCUCAGCUUACAUCAGCAGAUGCAGCCAACCUUGGUGCCAAGACCUAUCUUGUCUUUGCGGGCUGUAUGGCCUGUGUGAUUGUCUGGAGUUACCUGCUUAUGCCUGAGACGAAAGGCCGGACCUAUGCCGAAAUCGAUGAAAUUCCCCCGGCAAGCGAUGCCACCAUUACGGGGCUUCAACAUAUCGCGUCAUACAACUGGCUUGAAGGAUCUUUACCGACUAUUUCGGUGCCAGGUGCUCCGCCUCUUUGGUCACCACCCCGAGUGGUUCCGAAGCUUACGCCUGAUUCUGGCAUGGUAUAUAUCGACCAAAAUGCGGCGCGCAGCCCCCGCUAUCCUCUUGAGCCAUUGUUCCGUGCUCUUCAGGCCGAGAACCCCGAUUUCGAGCUCGGAGAUAUAGACCUAGUUACCGAUAGGAACAAUAUCCGGAAACUCUUGCGCUUCGUUCAAGGGUCCUCCUCCGACAACUUUGAGAUUCGAGUUGAGAUUGCUGGUAACAAGACAGCAGUAUUUACACGCGUGGAGGCCAAGACAAAAGACAUAAUCCAGGACUUCAGAGGGUUCGGCCAUAACUUUGAGAAGGCGUAUACGAAAGGAAUCCCUGGAAGCACUGGCCAUCACAGAAUAAUUCACUAUCUUUUCGGCGGCAUGAAAUGUCUCAUACGUCACGAGACCGAUGGGUAUAUCGACAGCAAAGGUAAUGCAGAUAGCGUCCCAAAAGCAGCGUCCGUGGUUGAUGGCGUAUCGGAUCUUCUGGGAGCUGUUUCCAUUUCUGAAACCGGCAAAUCCAUCGGCAAGCAGCUAGUAACUGUGGUGAAAACUAAGACCAGGCCAGUGGAUUUGGCAUCGACUCUCGAGAUCAAAACUCGAGCUGCGAGUCGGAUGCUUGACAUGGCCGACGUCACUCCUCAACUCUGGAUCUCACAGACUCCGAUCCUGGUCAUUGGUUACCAUCAAUACCGCAUGUUCAACAAUGUCCAGAAGCGCAAUGUUACGCAGGAAAUUCAUGAUUGGGAAGCCGCCAACCAGACUGCUCUGCGGAAGUUGGCAUUGCUGAUCAAGAAGAUCAGCGAAGUGGUGGGGCAUAGCAGUGAUCGCAAUGCGACUGUAAAGUACAACGGCGGAUCAAAAUUGACAGUUACCACCGGCAAGCAAGAACGAGCGCUACCUGAGGACCUAUACUUGCUUUGGGACGUAAAGAAACAGGGGACAGAUGACGAUAUGAUACAAGAUCGCGGCAAAGCCAUCGAUGCCUCACAUACGAAGUCAUUAGAGUCGGUUCCCGCUCCGGGGCAUAUCCAGAGAGUCAUGAGCGAUAUUGCAGGCUCUAAGCAGCCGUCAGGCGGCGUCCCAGCUUCGUUACCAUCUCAGAACAAGAUGCCUUUUUCCGACAUUGUGGAUUGCGCAGUGCAGGAUGGAUUGCGGCAGAUCUUUCGCCGCAUGUCGACGAGCCUCUCCGACUACCAAUCUCUCUGCGAAACUCUUAAGUCUCGCGGCAUUGAUGUACUUGCAGGACGCCAACUACGUGACAUCAUGAAAGAUCUGAGAAAAGGAAAGGACGAUUGGGAUCCGGAUGAGAGACGAGAGAUCAGAGGAUUAAAAAGUCUGGCACGCGACUCCGCUUUUAGGCUCCUUUAUAUCUUUAUCCUCAAUUUGCAUGAGUCAGGGGCCGGUGAUCAAAAUAUGGCCUACAACGCAACCACAUUCGUGGUCUCCCAUCGUAGGAUAUUCAGAUACAAAACCAGGAAGAUGGUCCGACAAGCUUUUGAGAUGCGGUUUUCCAUCUCAUACAAUCAGCGGAAAGGUCUAGACAAGUGGCCCAUCGAUAAUCCUUCUUAUGGAAACUCAGAGGAGGAGGAUGUAACCACUGAGGAAGAGGAUGUCUAUAGCUCUGAUUGGUCAUUUGAAAGCUAG